GUUGUUGUUGUUCUUCCCCUUUUUGGGAGUAUCUGCUGCUGCAAAUGUCUCGUCCUCAAGACCUUCUGUCGCGAACAUUGGGGCGAUCUUCACCUUCAAUUCCACAAUUGGGAGAGUGGCUAAAAUUGCCAUGGAGCAAGCAGUGAAGGAUGUCAAUGCCAACACCAGCAUCCUUCAUGGAACAAAGCUUGUCCUCCAAAUGCAAGAUUCCAAUUGUAGUGGUUUCAUGGGCAUGGUUCAAUCUUUGCGGUUCAUGGAGACUGAUGUAGCUGCUAUAAUAGGUCCCCAAUCUUCUGUUGUAGCUCACAUCAUAUCCCAUGUUGCGAAUGAGCUUCGAGUUCCUCUGGUGUCGUUUGCUGCCACAGAUCCUACUCUUACCUCCCUGCAGUUCCCAUUCUUUGUGAGGACAACACAGAGUGAUCUGUAUCAAAUGACUGCGGUUGCGGAGAUCAUAGACUAUUAUGGUUGGAAGGAGGUGAUUGCCAUCUAUUUAGAUGAUGAUUAUGGACGAAAUGGUGUUUCUGUGUUGGAUGAUCAGCUGGCUGCUCGGCGCUGCAAAAUAUCCUACAAGGCUGCAAUCAAAUCUGGAUCAGUUGACCGGGGAGAGAUCACGAAUUUGCUUGUGCAAGUGGCUCUGAUGCAAUCUCGGAUCAUUGUUCUUCAUACAAAUCCUGAUUCUGGAUUUAUGGUCUUCAAUGUGGCGCAUUAUCUUGGGAUGACAACCAAUGGCUAUGUCUGGAUAGCCACGGAUUGGCUCUCAUCUGUCUUGGAUUCUACUUCUCUACCUUCAGAAACAAUGGAUAUUCUUCAAGGAGUACUUGUUUUGCGCCAACAUACACCCGAUUCUGAUAGAAAGAAAUCAUUUAUCUCUACAUGGAACAAGUUAACUGGCGGCUCUUUGGGGCUACAUUCCUAUGGUCUCUAUGCUUAUGAUUCUGUCUUUCUGUUAGCGCACGCUCUCGAUGCAUUCUUUAGUCAGGGUGGGAUUGUUUCGUGUACCAACUACACGAGUUUGCGCGAUGAUAAGCCUGGUGGUCUGAACCUUGAUGCUAUGAGCAUUUUUGACAAUGGAACACUUCUGCUGAAGAACAUAGAGCAAAGUGAUUUUCUUGGAUUAACAGGUCAUGUGAAAUUUGCACCAGACAGAUGCCUUGUUCGUCCUGCAUAUGAUGUUAUCAAUGUGGUUGGAACUGGCAUUCAUCGGGUAGGUUACUGGUCGAACUAUUCUGGUCUCUCAAUUGUGCCUCCAGAGACAUUGUAUGCUAAGCCGGCUAAUAAAUCAAGUGCAAACCAGCACCUUCAUAGUGUCAUAUGGCCUGGAGAUACAUUAUCAAAACCCCGUGGAUGGGUUUUCCCAAAUAAUGGAAGGCAAUUGAGAAUUGGUGUGCCUGUUCGAGUUGGUUUCCGCGAAUUUGUUUCGCGGGUGCAGGGGACUGAUAUGUUUAAAGGUUUCUCUAUUGAUGUAUUCACUGCAGCUGUGAACUUGUUACCAUAUGCUGUUCCAUACCACUUUGUCCCAUUUGGAAAUGGCCGCGAGAAUCCAAGCUACACAGAACUUGUCAAUUUAAUCACCACAGGUUACUUUGACGGUGCUGUUGGUGACAUUGCCAUCAUCACGAAUCGGACAAAGAUCGUAGAUUUCACACAGCCAUAUGCUGCAUCUGGACUAGUUGUGGUGGCCCCUUUUAAGAAAAUCAAUUCUGGAGGAUGGUCUUUCCUUCGGCCAUUCACACCAUUUAUGUGGACUGUGACUGCUUGUUUCUUCUUUUUCAUUGGAAUAGUUGUAUGGGUUCUGGAACACAGAAUCAAUGAUGAGUUCAGAGGCCCACCAAAACAACAAUUCAUAACAAUUUUAUGGUUUAGCCUUUCAACUCUCUUCUUUUCCCAUAGAGAGAAUACCAUGAGCACUCUCGGUAGAUUGGUGGUUCUGAUCUGGCUGUUUGUAGUGUUGAUCAUAAACUCCAGCUACACUGCAAGUUUAACAUCCAUACUCACUGUGCAGCAGCUAUCUUCCCCUAUCAGUGGAAUCGAUAGCUUAAAGAAUAGUAAUGAACGCAUAGGAUUCCAAGUGGGUUCAUUCGCGGAGCACUAUUUGGUUGAGGACAUCGGGAUAUCCGAAAAUAGACUCGUUCGCCUAGGAUCUCCAGAUGCAUAUGCUAAGGCACUCCAACUUGGUUCUAAGAAUGGAGGUGUUGGUGCCAUUGUUGAUGAAAGACCAUACAUUGAAAUCUUCUUAUCAACACAAUGCACAUUCAAAAUUGUAGGCCAGGAGUUCACCCGAAGUGGCUGGGGUUUUGCAUUCCCUCGCGACUCCCCAUUAGCCGUGGAUUUGUCAACUGCUAUUCUACAACUUUCGGAAACAGGGGAUCUGCAGCGGAUUCAUGAUAAGUGGAUGACAAGAAGCAGCUGUAGUUUAGAUAAUGCCGAGAUUGAUUCGGAUAGGCUUCAGUUGAAAAGCUUCUGGGGACUGUUCCUCCUUUGUGGGAUGGCUUGCUUCAUAGCUCUUGUCAUACAUUUUGUGCAAAUUAUGGUGCGGAUGUGGCAUGCACCUCCUCCUGAAGCUGCAUCUAAUGGUAGCUCCAUUUCUGGUCGUUUUCAAAGGUUUCUGUCACUGAUUGAUGAGAAGGAAGAGUCACCAAGGAGUGAGAGAAGAAAGAGGAACGGAGAUGAAGGAUCUGCUGCUGAUCAUCAACUUGAUGGGAGGCACACAAAGAAGAUACAGUUUGAUUUAACACCCAACUCAAACAGAUAAUUGUAAGAAGAUAACCCUUUUGAUUUUGCUGCUUUAUCAUUAUUCAUUAUUUAUUGCUCUAGCCCUUGUGCUAUGUUAUUGUUCUACAAAUCACAAAUUUCAUAUCAUUGCAAAUGUUUAUACCCACAAUUUCAUAUCCUUCAA